UGUGAAUCCACAUCAUCAUCCGUGACUUGUUCCUCGAAGCUUGACGAUUCAAAUUACAUUCUAGCAAACUCAUCAUCCAAAGAGCUCAUAUCACUCAGUGAGUUACGGCUGUCUUCUGUAUCGGUUUCUUCAAACGGCACGUAAAUCAGCGCAAAAUUUCAGGUGUUUAUAUGUAAGUUUUGUGUGUAGUUAGUGGAAGUGAGUUCAGUUUAUUAGGAUAUAUAUGUCACAGUUGAUAUUGGAAUUUAGUUGAGAUUGGAAUGCAUUAACAAAAGAAAAAGUUCAUGCAUACAUCAUGAGUCAUAAGAUAAUUAAUGUUUACUUUUUUUUGUUAUGCUCAUGUUUUCAGAAUCUAGCAAAUUUAAUUCAUUGGUUUAGGCUUUGUGAUUUUUUUUAUUAAUUUUAAAAAUAUUUAAAUAAAAUAUUCAAAAUUGAAAAUAUUUUAACUUUUAAAAAAUAGGAAUGACUAUAUAAUGGAUUUUUGAAAAGAAUUUAAUCACCUCUAAAUAAUUAAUCUAUUGAUGUUCAUCACUAUGAAACAUGGUAAAUAAACAUGUUCUAUGUCUCUUUAGUUUCUAAUUUGAUAAAUUAUUUAUUUUUUCUAGUGGGAAUUUUUUCUUAAAUAAAAUAAAUGUUUUCAGCUAUAAACUACAAUAUAAUAUUUAUACAAAUAGUGAAAAUAAACGUCUCAAAUACGCAAUCAAAAAUAAAAUGUAUUGCGAUAUUUUCAAUGUUUCGAAGUCAAACGAUACAAAUAUAUCACCAAAACUUAAAUUUUAGGCCAAAGAAACAUUUCAUCUUAUACAAAUCGGUUCAUCAGAGUUAGUCAUAAAAAAAAAAACUUACAAAAAUACAGAUGACGGAUUUAGUCUCGAUUUCGUUUCAACCAAUCAUUCAAUGUCCCCAUAUCCCGAGUUCGAAAAAAGGCUUCAAAUAUAGAAUAAUGCAGUUGACUAAUUUGCUCUAAACUUCGUUUCAACUAAUCAUUCAAUGUCCAUAUGUCCCGAGAUCAAAGAAAAAUUCAAACAUAAAAUAAUACAGUUGACUAAUUUGUUCUACACUUCGUUUCAACCAAUCAUUCAAUGUCCACAUGUCCCGAGCUGAAAAAUAAAUUCAAAUAUAAAUAAUACAAAUGACUAAUCUACUCUAGAUUUCGCUUGAACCAAUCAUUCAAUGUCCCUAUCUUUCAAAGAUGACCAAAAAAUAUUGAACUACAAUCCAUACUAGUUCAGCAAGAAAUUGUUUUGUAUCAAAUCAUGUUCUAGCAUUAUUACAUAUAAAAAUUCAUUAAAUGCAAUGUCAUAACUAAUAUACAUAUUUAUACAAGAAAACAAUAGAGAAAGUCACUGAUAAUUAUUUAUCAAUCAAGAUAAUAAAAUGAAUCUAUUUUGAUUAUCCAAGAACUAAAAAUAAACAUAAACGGAGUGACAAACAAGCAAAUUCUUUUGCAUGCAUGUGAACAAAAUUUAUAAAGAAACCAAACUAACUAGACAAUUCCAAUCUCAACUAAAUUCCAAACUCAACUGCAACAUUUAUAUAUACAUCGCCCUUUUUUCUUCAUCAGAUACGGUUUUUUGUUUUUCUAAGAGGGUAUAUUCAUAUAAUACAUCAUCAAUAGUCUAUCUGAAAUGUUUAAGAAUUGUUGAGUUAAAUAUUUCUGCUACCGCAUCAGAAUUCUGCCAGAAUUCUUAUGUUAUGAACUGAUAUGUCAGUAGCGACGCCAUAUCGUUUGUUUGUUUUCCAAAAUAUUGUUCCACAUCUAAGUACUUUUUGAACAAGAGUUCUGCAAAAAUAAAAUUAUUAUGGAUUAAAGAAUCAAAGAUUUUUGCUGAGUUACGAUUGGUAGAUUGCAUACUUUUUCUCCAAUACGGCGUCCAAUAGUAAGAUGGUUCAGUUAAAAAAAGACAUCGUUUCAGUUACAUAUCAUCAGCUAAAUAUUUCGUAUUAAAUUGUUGAAACGAAUUUCAUUUGUCGUAAUAUUGAUAACGCAAGUCAACUCAAAUUCUGGCCGGGUGUCAUGUUCUCGUUACUAGUAGAAAAAUAUAUAAAUGAACUAACUGAUGUACAUUCGAUCGAUCCAGAUUCGUUGGCUAUUAUACUUGUUAAUCUUGUUGCUGCAACAUUAGAAUUUUCUUAUGUUUUACAAGCAGAUUCCAUUAUUAACAAAAUACCCACAAAUUUGUUCAAUAUGAUUGUGGUUCGGCCAUGUAAGUGUCGAUAGAUAUCGCAUAUACUCAGAUCUUAAAAGUUCUGUCAACAUUAACUAAAAAUAUGAUUAGCUCAUGCGGUUUCCAAGGUACCUAAUUUUUUUCGAAAAACAGUUUAAAAUACUUUGAAUAAAUUGUUAAAGGGGACUUAACUUGACGUAAAUAACCAUAGCAACUAUCCUCAAUACUUGAUAAGAGAAACUUAAAAAUAUCUACCUAUCUUUAUAUUUUUAUUUAAUGCUGAGAGAAAUUUUGGUUAGAUCUUAGUAUGUAAAAAUAAUGUCUUUUAGCAUAUGGAAAAUUGGAUUUAACAAGAUUAUUACGUGAUAUGCUCAAAACGAUUGCUUUACAUCGACCGAUAAAAUUUCUCUCAACAAGUCAAGCUGUUGUAGCUAGUCAAGAUAAUGCAAGUUCGGAUGAAAUGUCAAAAACUGGAUUAAUGUAA